AUGGCGUCACUGACCAUAGUUCGCGUCUGCCGACAGAGCCUGUGCGACCAUGAUCUCUCCCAGGCACUGAACAACGAAGGAGCUGCCGUUUUUAGCAUGUCCAGCGUUAAGGAACAGGAGCAAAACUUGCAAGCAAUCCUCUGUGAGAAAGAGGACGUGUUUCUACCGGAACUGGGUCGGUUCAAGUUUCCACCCGCCCAUCUAUACAUGAAGGAGGAUGCGGUUCCAAAGUUUUUCAAAGCCAGGUCACUUCCGUAUACCAUGCGAGAAAAGGUUUCUAACGAGCAUGACAGGCUUGGUGAAUCUGAAACACUGUCCCCAGUGGCUCACUCGGAGUGGGCGACGCCGAUAGUUCCCGUAAUGAAGAAAGGCGGAACAGUUCGAUUAUGUGGCGAUUACAAGCUAACGGUAAAUAUCAGCUGUGUGACAGAGCAGUACCUACUCCCGGUAAUCAAUUACCUUUUUGUUGCACUGCACGAGAGUGACGUUUACAGCACAUCGGACCUUCGAGACGCCUACAACCAGGUUCCCCUGGAUGAGCAGUUAAAGAAGCGGACUGUCGUUAACACACAUCGGGGAUUAUUCUGA